UGCCUCUAGGGAUGUGCCAAUUAAAUUUAUCAUUAUUUUAUAUAUUAAGAAUUUUUUUUUUUUACAUGCACAACCAGUUUACAUAUUAUGGAUACGCAUACGUACUUCGAAUGUUGAUAUAUCUCAAUGCUUGUAUUAUAUCUCUUUGUAAUUGAUUUAGAAAAUGACGAAUGGCGAUGAGCAGAUGUAGAAGGGGAAAAAUGGUAUGGGGAAGGGAAUGGAUGAAUGAUAAACUUCAAAGGUAACAAGUAUAUAUUCUAAUUCAUCCGAUUUCAUAUGUCCAACGUGAAUUUCUCCAAAUCAGCCCAAAUAUUUGACUCUACAAUUCAAUUUUUGCAACAAUGCCAUCUAACUAAGAAUCACGCAGCUAUCAAGAAGGUUCAUGGUUACCUGGUCACAACGGGCAUGCUCUUUGUUUCGCAUGACUUUGACUCUGAACUCAUAGCCACUUAUACCAAAUGCUUUCCCAGGAGCAAGCUUCAAACCUUGACUAAUCUCUUCAAAUGCAUCAACUCUGCAACUCCAUUGUACUUCAAUGCCAUAAUAUCUGAUUUCUGUCAGAAAGGUUUACCUUUUCUUGCUCUCAGAACUCUCUCCUUCAUGCAUACGAAUGGAGUCCCGUUCGAUUCGUAUACUCUGUGUAGUUCUUUGACUGCCUCAUCUAAAACUAAAGAUAUCACGUUUGGAAAACAGAUUCAUGCCGUUGGGGGAAAGUCAGGUUGGUUAUCUAGUGUUUUUGUGGGUUCUGCUCUCAUUGAUUUGUACGCGAAAUUCUCACAUGUAAAAGACGCAGUCCUUAUGUUCGACGAAAUUCCCCACAAGAAUACUGUUUGUCUCAAUGCACUUUUGGCAGGUUAUGGUGAGGCUGGACUAUGGGUCCAAGAACUUGAACUGAUUAGGAAAAUGCCCAUGUUGGAAUUGAAAUGUGAUCACUUUACAUUAUCAGCUGCUUUACGCGCAUGCACUGGAUUAUCUGCAAUUGAAAUGGGCAGACAAGUGCAUAGUUAUUUGCUUCGUGCUGUGCAUAACGUAGAGAGUGAUGUGUUUCUCCUGAGUGCUUUAGUUGAGAUGUAUGGCAAGUGUGGCCUGGUGAAGAAGGCUUGGCAGGUCUUCAAGUUGACUGGAAUGCAAAUAAGAGGUGAAAAAAGUAAAGACAUUGUAUUAUGGACUUCAAUGCUUGGGGUGUACAGUAGAAAUGGCUAUUACAAGGAAGUAUUUGCCUUGUACAAUGAAAUGUUAGCAAAAGGUAUCAGAAUUGAUAGGAUAGCAUUUCUGAUCGUACUCUCAGCUUGUAGUCGCACAGGGCAGUUACAAGAUGGAAUCAAGUAUUUUGAAUCCAUGUCUAAUGACUUUGAAAUAGACCCUGGUCCAGAGCAUUAUAGCUGCCUAGUUGAUUUGCUUUGUAGGGCUGGUGAAUUGCAGAAGGCAUGGGAACUAUUGAGUGAGAAACACGACAAGAGAAUGGGAAAGUCUAGCAUAUCCAUGUGGGGAGCGCUACUUAGUGCUUGUGUGGAUCAAGGGAAUAUUGAAUUGGGAAAAUUGGCAGCUGAAAGAGCUCUUGAGUUGGAUCCCCAAACUGUUGGGGUUUGCGUUAUGCUAUCAAACCUAUAUGCCCGGUUUGGCAUGUGGGAUGAGAUUGGGAAGUUGAGGAGGGUGUUAAUUAGAGAAAGGGGGUUAAAAAAAGAUGUUGGCUACAGUUGGGUCCUGGUGACGUGUUAAUCACUAAGUUGCUUGGAAAUGCUCCAAGUAAUAUUCUUGUUCCUCUCUGAGCUUGCUGAUAUAUAGGCCUCUGUUCCAAAUUCUGAAGAUACAUCUGAUUAGAUGUAGUAAUGUAUAUUAUUACAUAAGUCUCUGUACCAAAAGAAGGUGGGUUUUGUACUUGAGAAAGGAUCCUACCGUGAUGCUUUUUAGAGCCACGAAACUACAAAGUGUGCUUCUUAUCCAGGGAGGGCCCUUGUUUGUUGGGGCAGUAGGUACCUUCGUUCGUGCUACUCAUGGCUUCUGAUGGGCUGUGCAUGUGAUUCCCUCGUUUGAUUUGAUUGGUUUAACUAUAUGAAAGAAGGAUAGAGGAAAAAGAUUAGCAUUUUCGAUUAUAACUUUAUAAUAUCAUUAACAGUUUUUUCAUCAAAUUGAAACAUCUGGCAACCUAACAUGUACGAGCCUAAACUUUCACACUCUGCAUUACGAAUAAGCCCCCAGGUGGUUUCAUCAGUAGUCUCUCACCAUCUAGUACAGAACAUGGCUCGCGCAAUUGUAGGCUUCAGAUUGGGAAGGUUCCCAACGUGUAGGAGUUCAUGCGGGUAUGAUGCUAUUCGUUCUUUUAGAUAAAUGUUACUAUGUCUCGUCUCAAUUCAAUCUUUCAUAACAACCCACUAUUGCAUCACAUGGUCCUGGUGAUAUCACUGAAAGCUAAUACUGCAUCCCAUUUUCUCUGAUUCCAACCAUAACCAGCCACCAUAUCUGCAACAUUUUAGGAUAUACAUUCCCACAUUUGGAGGUUUGUACUCUAUUUUUAGCAUUGAUUCGAUUCGACAACAAAAGGCAACAGGGAAAUGACAAUAAUGGCCAGAGGAUCUUGGAGGCAAGAGAAACAUGGCCUUCAUGUGCUCAAGGAAAGGUCAGGUCACCAUCAUCUCAAAAAGAAUAUCCCUCCUUUGAUUUCGUCUCACAAUAAUUACCAAUACCUAUAUAUGCCACCGAUACGUUGAGUUUGUAUUUUAUUUUUCCCUAGCUUUUUUUGUUAUACAAUCUUUAUACGGUUUAAGAAGACCGGAAA